CUCGUCCCUUUGAUGAUGAUGAGUUGAUUCCGUUCUUCCCUCCCACAACCAAUAUUCCAACAUCCACCAUAAUCCGGACGAAAGUUCCUCCAUCAAACUCAUACACAGUCUUCCUGAUCCUGAUAGCCUACCUUCAUUGAGCCUGACAACCGGUCCAGGAUCACAGCUCGUUCUCUACAAACUGGUCAGGUACAGCCCCACAGUCUUCUAGACAGCUCACCAAGACCCCAGUUGUGUCCUUCGGAACCUCUUCAUCACACCGUGUAGAACAUAUGCUAUCCAAGACAUCUAAACCCACGUCCUGGAAAAUUUCAGAUAUCGCCGAUCUCAGUGGCCGGGUUGCCAUUGUGACAGGGGGUAGCACUGGCACCGGUUAUUACAUCGCUCUUGAGCUGGCUCGAAAGGGAGCAAAAGUGUAUUUGGUUUGCAGAAAUGAAGAGCGAGCCCAGCAGGCCAUCACCUCCCUUCGCGAAGAAGUGCCUAAUGGAUUAUUUGAUUAUAUCCACUUCGAUUUGACGAGACUCCGAACAUGCAAAGAUGCUGCUAAAACCUUCCUACAACGCGAGACGCGGCUCGACAUCUUAGUCAACAAUGCUGCUGUUAGACGCUGCUCGUCUUUCAGUCUUAGCGAAGAUGGCGUAGAAAUCCAAGCAUGCAACACCGUCGGCCACUUCUGUUUGACAGAUCGCUUGGUUCCGUUGAUGAAGCGGACCGCGCAAAGUGCGCAAGGACAUCACGUCCGAAUCGUCAACAUGACAAGCGUAACCCAUAAGCUGAACAGUGAACCGGACUUCACUAAUUUGCAAGGGUUGAAUCAAAGGAGAUGCUCCGCCUUGGAAAGGCACGGCAAUAGUAUGCUUUCCAUCAUAAUUUUCAAUCAGGAACUACAGAAACGUUUGAAAGGAACGGGAAUUUUGUGUCUCGCAGUGCACCCAGGCUUGGUCAGUGAUCAAGUCCUACACAACAGCAAGAAACUACGCGAAUUGGCCAUGCUGUUGAUCCCCCAUAGGGGCCCAAACUCACUCAUUGUUGAGGCCAAGCAUGCAGCCUUCACGCCGCUGUAUGCUGCUAUCGCCUCGGAAGUAGAGACGCUGCAAUUAGGAGGAUCCUACUUAGUAUCUCCCGGGAGACCAGCGACUCCUCACCACAACGCGAGAGAUCCGACCGGAAUAGCCGGCCAAAAGCUGUGGGCCACGUGUCUCAGGCUAUCGUAUCAUCCUCAUGGACUGGGCAGCAGGUCGGCAAAAGCCUGCUAUAGAGCUGUUUCGAACCCACACGGACCAGAACAAGACGAGCGCUAUGCGUGUUCUUGAACGAUUUCCGCCAUCAUCACUGUGAAUCCCAGUUUUUAGAACACAAUGCCGACCCGUCUGACCAGGACGCAUGGGUAUCUCAGUGUCCAUAUCAUGAUCGAACAAUUAUCUUAACUAACCAGUGUACUACUAUUGUAUGAUCUGAGCCAUUCCAUCUAUUCAUGUGUUUACUUGGGACGUUCAAUUCCUUGCACUUCUCACAUUAUGCUGUAAAUAGCUUCCAUUUCGCAAGUUUUUAACCAUCUCUAUUUCUCAUGUCUGGUAAUAUUGUGAGUUGCGAGCCAACUCGGUUUUAGACAGUCGUAGUGAACUCUGUAGCUUAUACGGAUCCGUUAUAGAAUCAUCACACAUUCUCCAACUUCCAAUCAC